AUUAUCUACUGAUUAAAUUUAAUUAAAUUUAAUAAAUUUAAUCUGUUCUUACGAAAAAGGUGUAUGCUAAAAUUGAACAUACAAGUCAAACUCUGCGCUAAUUUCAUUGGCAAAAAGUGCAAUUAAAUAUAAUAUAAUAAUAUUUUUUUAAUUUAAACACGUAAACAAGUUCGGUCUAUAGACCGGGUCCACACAACAAUUUCUUUACUUUAUCACAAGACCCCUGAGGAUACUCCGCGUUGGAUCUCUCAAAUCAAUACUUUGCUUUCUCAAACAGAAAUUAAUAAAUAAAUAAGUAAAUAAAUAAAUAAGUAAAACAAUCGGGUCAAACUUCGAAGGUCAUCGUCGUCUUCUUCAACCUCGUCCUCUUCGCCCCACCCCUCCUCCCCAGAACCAAAAUCCAAAACCCCAAAUCCCUAAACGUAAACCCUCGCCUCCUCCGCCGCGGCCGGAGAGAUGGCGCCGGAGAUCGAGGCGGCGGAGGAGCCGAGAGAGGCGGGAGGAAGCGCCGGCGCCGGCGGAGGUGGAGGAGAGGAGGCGCUUAAGGACGACGUGUACACGGCGGCGGCGUACGGGGACAUGGAGAAGCUGCAGAGGCUGGUGGAGGCGGAGGGGCGCUCCGUCGCCGACCCCGACGCGCUCGGCUAUCGCGCGCUCCAGUGGGCCGCCCUCAACAACUGCACCGCCGCCGCGCGCUACAUAAUCGAGCAUGGAGGAGAUGUGAAUGCCACAGAUAACAUGGGUCAGACAGCACUUCACUGGAGCGCAGUGCGUGGCCAAAUCCAGAUUGCGGAGCUCCUCCUGAAAGAAGGUGCUCGUGUUGAUGCUGCAGAUUUGAAUGGAUACCAGACUGCCCAUGUGGCAGCCCAGUAUGGUCAAACAGCAUUUCUCUGCAAUAUCGUGGCCAAAUGGAAUGCUUAUCCUGAUGUCCCUGAUAAUGAUGGAAGAAGCCCUCUGCAUUGGUCUGCUUACAAGGGAUUCGCUGAUUGUAUACGUCUUCUUUUAUUUCUGGAUGCUUACAGGGUCCGGCAAGAUAAAGAGGGUUGCACUCCUCUUCAUUGGGCAGCUAUAAGGGGGAAUCUUGAGGCGUGCACUGUUUUAGUUCAAGCUGGGAAAAAGGAAGACUUGAUGGUUCAAGAUAAGUCUGGUUUAACUCCAGCCCAGCUUGCUUCUGAUAAGAGUCAUCGCCAAGUUGCUUUUUUCCUUGAAAAUGCUCGAAGAGUAUUUGACAGGCGUUUCGAUGGAAACAGCCGGCUUGGAAAGCUAUCAAAAUUAGGACUUGCUCCUCUCCUCUGGUGUACCAUAAUGACAUUGCUUCUCACAUAUAUACGUUCAGUCGUCUCAGGAUUUUAUCUUUUGAAUUUUACAGCUGCAUUCAUGCUGUUUGAGUGGUCCGGUGUUUUCUUUGCCACUGCUGGUCUAGUCAUGUUUCAUAGGUGUAGCAGGAAAGAUCCUGGUUUUAUCAGAAUGAACAUGCGUGAUUCACAAAAUUUUAGAGAUGAUGAACCGUUGCUUAAAAUGGAACCAGACAAUCCUGUUCUAUUGACAGGGAAUUGGUCCCAGCUAUGUGCAACAUGCAAGAUUGUUAGGCCUCUGCGAUCAAAGCAUUGUUCAACAUGUGAUCGAUGUGUUGAGCAGUUUGACCACCAUUGUCCUUGGGUAUCUAAUUGCAUUGGCAAGAAAAAUAAGUUGGAUUUCUUUAUAUUUCUUGUUCUAGAAGUUUUUGCCAUGGUUAUCACCGGUGCAGUAACCAUCAAAUGUAUUGUGAGAGAUCCAACUUCUCCGGCAUCAUUUGGUGCAUGGUUGAAGUAUUCUGCUACUAAUCAUUCUGGUGCAGUAGCAUUUUUAUUAGCGGACUUUUUUCUUUUCUUCGGCGUUGCAAUUCUAACUGUAGUGCAAGCAUCACAGAUCUCACGGAACAUAACAACAAACGAAUUGGCAAAUGCCAUGCGAUACAGCUAUCUCAGGGGGCCGGGCGGCCGUUUCAGAAACCCAUACGAUCAUGGAAUCCGCAAGAACUGUUCCGACUUCCUGAUAAGCGGCUACAACGAGGACACUGAGGUUCCGGAGCAGCCAUUGCCGUCUGAUGAGGAAAUGGGGUUGAUUCAGACGAGAAGCUUAGUUUCUUUGAAUGGUGAGAGACACUCUGAUCACGGCAACUGCAACGGCCAUGUUUGCGAUCACGCUCACUCUAAAGCCUCAAAAUCUCAUCAUGGCUGUGUGAGUUCUUCACAGGGCAAUCAUAAUAAGAAAAAGAGUGAGAAUUCACCCUUGGGGUUGGGAUUAGGGCUAGGACGAAAAAAUGCUCGGAACAAUACAAGGUCUGUUCUUCCUUUGUGAUUUCUUGGACCCAUGCGGGAGCUUGAGCUUAUGCUCUCUGCAGAUGUAAAUUAGUGAGAACAAGAACCACAGUUUUGCAAAUUUUUUGCUAUUAAGUUACUAUUUCAGAAAUGUUAGUUUCAGCCCGAGUAUGUUGACAAGUUCUUUUUCUUUUU